AUGGGUAUCUUCGGUCACCACAAUCUUGAUCCUGUCGCUGAGCCUAUCGCUAUUUUCGACCAAUUUGUUGCGAAGGAGCCGCAGACAUUGGUCCUAAGAGAAAAGGUGCUCUCUGUCUCUGGUGAUAGCUUUGAAAUUAAGUUUGCCGAUGGUCAGCCAUGUUUAAAGGUGCACGGAGCCUGGGUCUCCCUAUCUGGUCGCAAGAAGGUCGAGGACGCACAUGGAAAGCACCUGUUUGAUAUCGUUAAGGAACUUCUACAUAUCCACGCGACCUAUGCCGUUGAGGAUACGCAUGGCAAGAAGAUGUGUGAGGUCAAGAGCAGUCUUAAAUUGCUCGGCUCCAAAGCUACCGCCAGCUUCACUGAUAGCAAUGGCAAAGCUAGAGUUCUGAAAAUGAAAGGAGGCUGGUUCGAUCAUACCGCCGAUAUUGUCGACGAUAAGAGCGGCCAAACAGUAGCUCGAAUUGAUCGGAAAUUGCUUAGUGGUCGCGACCUUGUGUUUGGCCAGCAAACCUACGCCGUUGUUGUGGCACCUGGAGUGGACGCAGCAUUGAUCGCUGCGUUGUGUAUCUGCUUCGAUGAAAAGAAUAACGACGAGCGUGGUGAAUAG